CGAACCAGAUGAUCGAGUCGUGCAAGCAGUACGUGACGUGCCGCGGCAAGGAGACGGUGUGGACCCAGGACCGCGGGGAGGUGAGGACCAAGCUGCUGCACUGCAUCAAGCUGAACGAGAUGUACCGCCGCACGUACGCCCUGGUCAAGGGUCAGGCCUUCCUGCCCGGCCAGGCGUCCUUCGGCUUCUCCGAGAACUACGUGUUCGGCAAGUUCGACACCUUCUGCGACCGCCUCGCCAAGAUCAUCGCCCUGUUCGACCUCGUGGACGACUACAACCUGCUGUUCCAGCGCAGGAUGGAAGGGCUGUUACUCGGGGAACCUCUGGAGGAGGCCAUCAAGACCUUCGGGGACGCCAAGGCCGGCGUGACGACCAAGGCGUACGACUACCUGGACCAGCGGAACAGCGAGUUCGACGCCGACUUCGAGAUAUUCCUCGCGAGGUUGGACGUGCUCAAGGACACGGUGGCCGCCGUCAUCGAGGAGAACUUCGCCAAUGUCUGGGAGACUCCUCAGGGAAUACGCUUCCUCGUGCGUUUCGAGAAGGUGAGCGAGAAGAUCCCUCUGGCGCAGAUGGACGUGAAGUACGCGCGCGUUCUGCGCUACUGCGAGCACGAGGUGGAGCGCAUCAUGAAGCUGUUCCGGAAGCAAAGGGACGACCCGCCUCUGCCCUUGAACUUCCCGCCGAUCGCAGGCAUGAUCAAGUGGGUGCGCUCCCUGCACAGCCACCUGGGCGAGCUGAUAGACAGCGCCAAGGCGCACCCGGUGCUGAACACUCUGCCUGCCAUGGCGGACCUGGUGAGGCGUCACGCGGCCGUCAGCGGCGCGCUGCUCGCCUACGAGGGCGACACCACGGCCGCCUGGCUCGACCAGAACCUGUGGUCGGUGGACGAGAGCCUGAGCAAGAGGCUGCUGACUUUCUGCGAGGACUCCGGUCGGCUGAAGGUGGACUUCGACGAGCGCAUACGCCUGCUGAUCCGCGAGGCGGACUGCCUGGGCAAGAUGGGCGUGGAGCUGCCCGUCAUCACGAGGACCUUGCUGGCGAAGAGGCACUACUUCACCACCGUCACCGACACCCUGCAGCUGCUGCUGAAGCAGUUCCUGCGGACGACGAGGCGCGUGAAGCUGGAGGUGCGGCCCUUGUUCCUGCCGCACCUGGUGCGUGUGUCGUCCUUACUGCUGCCCGGGCUGCACGACAUCACCUGGACCGACCCCGGGUGGAAGAGCUUCUGCCAUAAGACCAGCGAGGCUAUCAGGGACUUCGACGUCCUCAUCACCAGGGUCCACGACGUGUACACGAACCGCAUCCUGCAGGUGCUGACGAGCAUGCAGAAGGUGACCCUGCAGUCGCUGCCGGCGGACGAGCCGUGGUCGGUGGAGGAGUUCCUGGAGCGCACAGAGGACACUUGCAUCCAGGCCGCCACGGAGCUGAACAGGAAGAGCUUGAUGGUCGAAGAGGCCGUGGAAGAGGUUCUGGACCUCGUCAAGAAGGCCGGCCAGGCCUUCAAGGGCAACAGAGAAACCGACGAGUUUGAUUUUCUAAUGGAAGGCGAGGCUGGGGACGGGCUGGACCCCGGGCAGCAGGGCGACGCCGCCUCCCCCGGGGCCGCGGCGGACCCGGUGUCGUCCCAGCAGCAGGACUGGAGCCAGGUGUGGGAGUGCUUCGAGAGCCCGCAGACCCUGCUGCGCUCCGGCGGGGGGCUCAGCAAGGCCAUGCAGGAGACGGUGCGCAACGCCGUGGCCGAGAUGCGGCGCUACUACAGCCGCAAGGUGGUCGACGUGCUGAUCCGCGUCACGCGCCAGUCGCUCGACUGCCUGCGGCGCCGGUUCUCGGCCGAUCCGGACCCAGGUGACGCGCGGCCGGUGUUCCUGCUGGGCGCGGCGCUGGCCGUGCCGAGCGUCACGGUACGCCCCAGCCUGGACGAGGUGCAGGAGGCCCUGGUGGCGGCCGGCCGCAACAUGGCGGGCGUGGCCAAGGGCGUGGGCCAGUGGACCGGCGGCAAGGGCCACCCGGUGAGUAGGCCGCCGGGCUGGAAGCGCCUCGCCGGCCGCCAGUCGCACGCGCUGGUUGACGUGGUUUCCCGGCUGGAGCAGGGCGCGACCAAGGGGCCCGAGGACGCCCGCUCGCGCCGGCGGCGCCUCUACCGCCUGCAGUCCGAGCACCGGCCCAGCUUCCCGGCGCAGCAGCGCAACUUCUACAGCCUCGUCAUGGAGAACAAGGAGGUGGUGAAGACCUUGUCGCUGCUGUCGGCCUGCACGCAGGAGAUCAGGGGGGAGCUGGAGAGGUUCCUGGAGAGCUGGGAGCCGUACCAGUUCCUGUGGAAGAACGAGCGCGGCCGGCGGGAGAUGAUGAGCGCCGGCCUGCCCGACUUCGAGGCCUGGCUGCGCCGUCACGGCGAGCUGGAGGCCCAGCUGGGCACAGAGCCCGACAUGCACUUGUUCGGCUGCUGCCUCGCCGUGGCCACAGACAAGCUGAAGCUCAGCCUGCUGACGGAGGUGAGGUCGUGCACCUGCCGCAUCGGCCAGGUGCUGAAGAAGAAGUACCGCCGCGAGAUGGACUACGUGUACGCCGUGAUGAACGAGAUGGACCGCAAGCUUGACCGGCCCAUCAGGGACCUGGACGACGUCCGCCUGGUCAUGGAGACGCUCAAGAAGAUCCGCGAGCAGGAGGUCGACAUGGAGCUGCGCAUCGACCCCAUAGAGGAGGCGUUCAACGUGGUGACGCGCUACGACCUGCAGGUGGACAAGGAGGACCUGGAGCAGGUGGACAACCUGCGCUACACGUGGCAGCGGCUGCAGGCGCGCGCGCUCGACGUGAACGUGCAGCUGCUGGCGAUGCAGCCGCACUUGGAGCAGGACCUGCGCCGCAACCUGGACCGCUUCCACCAGGACAACGUGGACUACUGCCACGAGUACCGCACCUCGGGCCCCAUGAUGCCCGGGCUCAGCCCGCGCGAGGCGUCCGACCGCCUCAUCAUGUUCCAGAACCGGUUCGACGGCAUGUGGCGCAAGCUGCAGACGUACCAGAGCGGCGAGGAGCUGUUCGGGCUGCCCACCACCGACUACCCGGAGCUCGGCCAGAUCCGCAAGGAGCUCAACCUGCUGCAGAAGCUCUACAAGCUCUACAACGACGUGAUCGACCGCGUGAGCAGCUACUACGACAUCCCGUGGGGGGAGGUGAACAUCGAGGAGAUCAACAACGAGCUGAUGGAGUUCCAGAACCGCUGCCGCAAGCUGCCCAAGGGACUCAAGGAGUGGCCGGCCUUCCACGCACUCAAGCGAACGGUGGACGACUUCAACGACAUGUGCCCUCUGCUUGAGCUGAUGGCCAACAAAGCCAUGAAGCCGCGCCACUGGCAGCGGAUCAUGGAAGUGACGUCGUACAACUUCGAGCUGGAGAGCGAAGGUUUCUGCCUCAAGAACAUUCUAGAGGCGCCGCUCCUUAAAUACAAGGAAGACAUCGAGGACAUAUGCAUCUCGGCGAUGAAGGAGAAAGACAUCGAGGCGAAGCUGCGGCAGGUGACCAAUGAGUGGUCGGUGCACGAGCUGACCUUCAUGACCUUCAACAACCGCGGCGAGCUGCUGCUGCGCGGGGACACCACCGCCGAGACCAUCGGCCAGUUGGAGGACAGCCUCAUGAUCCUGGGCUCGCUGCUGUCCAACAGGUACAACGCUCCCUUCCGCAAGCAGAUCCAGACGUGGGUGCACGACCUGUCCAACACCAACGAGAUCCUGGAGCGCUGGCUGCUGGUGCAGAACCUCUGGGUGUACCUGGAGGCGGUGUUCGUGGGCGGAGACAUCGCCAAGCAGCUGCCGAAGGAGGCCAAGAGGUUCAGCAAGAUCGACAAGUCGUGGCAGAAGAUCAUGCAGCGCGCGCACGAGACGCCAGGAGUGGUGGCGUGCUGCGUGGGCGACGACCUCUUGAAGCAGCUGCUGCCGCAUCUGCAGGAGCAGCUGGAGCUGUGCCAGAAGUCGCUCAGCGGCUACCUGGAGAAGAAGCGCAUGAUGUUCCCGCGCUUCUUCUUCGUGUCCGACCCGGCGCUGCUGGAGAUCCUGGGCCAAGCCUCCGAUUCGCACACCAUCCAGAACCACCUGCUGUCCAUCUUCGACAACAUCCGCUACGUGCGCUUCCACGACGUCGAGUACAACAAGAUGACCGCCAUCAUCUCCUCGGAGGGCGAGUCCAUCCCGCUGGAGCGGGCCGUGCGCGCCGAGGGCAGCGUGGAGACGUGGCUGACGUCGCUGCUGCAGACGGCGCAGAUGUCGCUCCACGGCAUCAUCAGGCAGGCGCACACCACCAUAAACGACCCCAACUUCAACCUGCUCUCCUUCCUGGACAAGAUGCCCGCCCAGGUGGGGCUGCUGGGAAUCCAGAUGAUCUGGACUCGCGACGGCGAGGCGGCGCUGCUGCAGGCACGCGCCGACAAGAAGGUCAUGGGCGAGACCAACAACCGCUUCCUGGAGAUGCUCAACACGCUGAUCGACCAGACCACGAGGGACCUCACCAAGCUGGAGCGCACCAAGUUCGAGACGCUCAUCACCAUCCACGUGCACCAGCGGGACAUCUUCGACAUCCUGUGCCGCCUGAACGUGAGAUCAGCGAACGAUUUUGAGUGGCUGAAGCAGUGUCGCUUCUACUUCAAGGAAGACCUUGACAAAACCUGGAUUGCGAUCACCGAUGUCACAUUCACGUACCAGAACGAAUAUUUGGGUUGCACCGACAGACUUGUAAUAACGCCUUUGACUGACCGGUGCUACAUCACGCUGGCCCAGGCGCUGGAGAUGAGCAUGGGCGGCUCCCCAUGCGGGCCCGCUGGCACAGGCAAGACAGAGACUGUCAAGGACAUGGGCAAGACGCUGGCCAAGUACGUGGUGGUGUUCAACUGCUCCGACCAGAUGGACUACCGAGGCCUGGGCCGCAUAUACAAAGGCCUGGCGCAGUCCGGCUCGUGGGGCUGCUUCGACGAGUUCAACCGCAUCGAGCUGCCGGUGCUGUCCGUGGCGGCGCAGCAGGUGGCCGUCGUGCUGGCGGCGCGCAAGGAGAAGAAGAAGCAGUUCCUCUUCACCGACGGCGACCUCAUCGACAUGUGCCCCGAGUUCGGGAUCUUCAUCACCAUGAACCCCGGCUACGCGGGCCGCAAGGAGCUGCCCGAGAACCUGAAGAUCCAGUUCCGCACGGUCGCCAUGAUGGUACCCGACAGACAGAUCAUCAUCCGCGUCAAGCUGGCCAGCUGCGGCUUCCUCGAGAACAUCACGCUCGCGCGCAAGUUCUACACGCUCUACAAGCUGUGCGAGGAGCAGCUCACCAAGCAGGUGCACUACGACUUCGGUCUCCGCAACAUACUGUCCGUCCUGCGCACGCUGGGCGCCGCCAAGAGGGUCAACACCAAGGACACGGAGAGCACCAUCGUGAUGAGGGUGCUGCGGGACAUGAACCUGUCCAAGCUCAUAGACGAGGACGAGCCGUUGUUCAUCUCGCUGGUGGCCGACCUGUUCCCCAACCAGGUGCUGGAGAAGACCACCUACCCCGAGCUGGAGUCGGCCAUCGCCGGCCAAGUGGAGGAGGCGGGCCUGAUCCUCCAUCCGCCCUGGGUCCUCAAGCUCAUACAGCUGUACGAGACGCAGCGGGUGCGACACGGCAUCAUGGUGCUGGGCCCGGCGGGAGCGGGCAAGACCGCCUGCAUCCACACGCUGAUGGGCGCGCUGACGGCGUGCGGCGACUACCACCGCGAGAUGCGCAUGAACCCCAAGGCCAUCACCGCCUCGCAGAUGUUCGGCCGCCUCGACGUCGCCACCAACGACUGGACCGACGGCAUCUUCUCCGCGCUCUGGAGGAAGACCCUCAAGCUCAAGAAAGGCGAGCACGUGUGGCUGGUGCUGGACGGGCCGGUGGACAGCAUCUGGAUAGAGAACCUCAACUCGGUGCUGGACGACAACAAGACGCUCACUCUGGCCAACGGGGACCGCCUCAACAUGGCGCCCACCUGCAAGAUCAUCUUCGAGCCGCACAACAUCGACAACGCUUCCCCGGCCACCGUCUCCCGCAACGGCAUGGUGUACAUGAGCUCCUCCGGCCUGGACUGGAAGCCGGUGGUGAGCGCGUGGCUCAGGUCGCGGAGUCCUCGCGAGGUGACCGUCUUCCAGCAGCUGUUCGACGACACCUUCGCCGUCAUGUACUCGUGGUGCACGCAGAACCUGAGCCUGGCCAUGGUCGUUCUGCAGUGCAACAUCGUCAGACAGCUGCUGAUCCUGCUGGAAGGCCUGGUGCCGCCGCAGAGCGCCGAGCUGGAGGAAGCGCUGCAGGCGGACGACCAGCCCGACGAGGCGGACCAGGACGAGGAUGGCGAGGGCGAGGGCGACGAGGAGGAGCUGGCAGCGCGCCUCCUGUCCCCGGAGCACCUGCACAAGCUCUACGUGUUCGCCAUGAUCUGGAGCAUGGGCGCCUUCCUGGACCUGGGCGACCGCGCGCGCUUCGACGCCUUCCUGGGCGACAAGCUGGGCGCGCUCGACCUGCCGCCCACGCGCUCCGCCCCGGGCAGCCUCGUGUUCGACUACGUCGUCUCCCAGCGCGGCAGGUGGGAGCACUGGAACACCCUGAUGGGCACCUACAGCUACCCGGAGAACAGCACGCCAGACUACAGCAACAUCCUGGUGCCGGUCAUCGACAGCGUGCGCACCAGCUACCUGGUGCACGCGGUCGCCAAGCAGGAGCGCUCCGUGCUGCUCAUCGGCGAGCAGGGCUCCGCCAAGACCGUCAUGAUGAAGGCCUACAUGAAGAGGUCCAGCCCGGAGGUCUGCCUCAACCGCUCCUUCAACUUCUCGUCGGCCACCACGCCCUACCAGUUCCAGAAGACGAUCGAGAGCUACAUGGAGAAGAGGAUGGGCAACACCUUCGGUCCUCCGGGAGGCAAGAAGAUGGUGGUGUUCAUCGAUGACAUCAACCUGCCGGAGAUCAACGAGUGGGGGGACCAGAUCACCAACGAAAUCGUCCGCCAGACGAUGGACAUGAACGGUUUCUACAGUCUGGAGAAGCCAGGGGAAUUCACAACCAUCGUGGACAUGUUGUUCGUAGCGGCUAUGGGACAGCCAGGAGGCGGACGCAACGACAUCCCCGAGAGGCUGAAGCGCCAGUUCUGCGUCUUCAACUGCACGCUGCCCUCAGACGAGUCCAUCGACAAGAUAUUCCACGUGAUCGGGGAAGGCCACUACAACUCCAAGCGGGGUUUCUCCGCCGAGGUCCGCGCCUUGGUCAAGAAGCUCAUCUCGCUGACGAGGAUUUUGUGGCAAAGAACUCGAGCCCAGCUGCUGCCGACUCCGGCCAAGUUCCACUACGUGUUCAGCCUGAGGGACCUGUCGCGCGUCUGGCAGGGCAUGGUCGGCACCUUGAGCACCGUGGUGGACAGCGAGGCGGUGCUGCUCAUCCUGUGGAAGCACGAGUGCUCCAGGGUCAUCUCGGACAGACUCACGCUAACAUCGGAUAAGGAGUGGUUCGACAAAGAGCUUGAAAACGUCGUUACUGAAGUACUGGGACCAUCGUAUUGGGAAAUGGCGAAACCCAAUCCAGUAUUCGUCGACUUCAUGAGGGACGCCCCGGAGCCCACGGGGGAGGAGGGAGAGGAUGCGGACAUGGAGCUGCCCAAGGUGUACGAGCCCGUGUACGACUACAGCGAGCUCAUGGAGCGCCUCGACAUGUUCCUGUCGCAGUUCAACGAGAUGGUGCGCGGCGCCGGCAUGGACCUGGUCUUCUUCCCGGACGCCAUGCUGCACCUCGUCAAGAUCUCCCGAGUGAUCCGGCACCCUCGAGGCAACGUGAUGCUGGUGGGGGUGGGCGGAUCCGGCAAGCAGUCUCUCACGAAGCUCUCGUCCUUCAUUGCCGGGUACAAGACCUUCCAGAUCACUCUCACCAGGUCUUACAAUGUGGCCAAUUUCCUGGAAGACCUGAAAUUCCUGUACAGAAGUUGCGGAGUUCAAGGAAAAGGAACGACCUUCAUUUUCACCGAUUUGGACAUCAAAGAAGAAGGGUUUUUGGAAUAUCUCAAUAAUAUAUUGUCAUCAGGUGUAAUCUCAAACUUAUUUACGCGAGAUGAACAACAAGAAAUCAUUUCGGAACUAACUCCUGUCAUGAAAAGGGAGAAUCCCAAACGCACGCUAAACAAUGAGUUAGUGAUGGAGUACUUCCUGAACAGAACAUGUCAGAACCUGCAUGUCGUGUUUUGUUUUUCACCGGUGGGCGAGAAGUUCCGCAACCGGGCGAUGCGCUUCCCGGCGCUGGUGUCGGGCUGCACCAUCGACUGGUUCCAGCCGUGGCCGCGCGACGCGCUGGUGCUGGUGGCGCAGCACUUCCUCUCCGACUUCGAGAUCGCGUGCACGCCCAAGGUGAAGGACGACCUGGUGGACGCGCUCGGCUCCAUCCAGGAUGUGGUGGCCGUCACGUCCGCCGAGUACUACCAGCGGUUCCGCCGAGCGACGCACGUCACGCCCAAGUCGUACCUGAACUUCAUCGCCGGCUACAAGAAUAUCUACCAGCACAAGCAGCAGGAGCUGAACGACGGCGCCCAGCGCAUGGACACGGGGCUGGCCAAGCUGGAGGAGGCGUCGUGCUCCGUCGAGAUGCUGAAGAAGGACCUCGCCGUCAUGGAGCAGGAGCUGGCCCAGGCCUCCGAGAGGGCGGAGAAGGUGCUGGUGGAGGUGACGGAGCGCGCGAUGCAGGCGGAGACGGUGAAGAACCAGGUGAUGAAGGUGAAGGAGAAGGCAGAGGCGCUGGUGGAGCUCAUAUCCCAGGAGAAGGCGCGCGCCGAGGAGAAGCUGGCGGCCGCCAAGCCGGCCCUGGAGGAGGCCGAGGCCGCCCUCAACACCAUCAAGCCGGCGCACAUCGCGACGGUUCGCAAGCUGGGACGGCCGCCGCACCUCAUCAUGCGCAUCAUGGACUGCGUCCUGAUCCUGUUCCAGAGGAAGCUGCACCCUGUCAUCGGCGACCCCGCCGCCCCCUGCCCCAAGCCCUCGUGGGCCGAGUCCCUCAAGAUGAUGGCCAGCACCACUUUCCUGCUGCAGCUGCAGAACUACCCCAAGGACAUAAUCAACAACGAGAUGGUGGAACUCCUCAAGCCCUACUUCGAGAUGGAGGACUACCACAUGGACACAGCCAAGAGGGUGUGCGGCGACGUGGCAGGGCUCUUGUCGUGGACCAAGGCCAUGGCUUUCUUCCACAGCGUCAACAAGGAAGUGCUGCCCCUCAAGGCCAACCUGACGAUGCAAGAGGCGCGGCUCACGGUCGCCAUGGACGACCUGGCGAGGGCAGAGCAGCAGCUGGCGGAGCGCGAGAACGCGCUGCAGCAGGUCAAGGAGCAGUACGACGCCGCGGUGGACGAGAAGCAGCGCCUCACGGACGCCGCCAACAUCUGCCUGCGCAAGAUGACGGCCGCCACGACGCUCAUCAACGGCCUGGGUGGCGAGAAGAUCCGCUGGACCCAGCAGAGCAAGGACUUCAAGGAGCAGCUCGGCAGGCUGGUCGGGGACGUGUUGCUGGCGACGGGGUUCCUCUCCUACUGCGGGCCCUACAACCAGGAGUUCCGCGCGGGCCUCGUCAACAGCUGGAUGGACAUCCUGAGGACCCGAGACGUGCCCUUCACGCACAACCUCAACAUCACCAACAUGCUGGUGGACAGCGCCACCGUCUCUGAGUGGACACUUCAAGGUUUGCCGAAUGACGAUCUCUCGGUGCAGAACGCACUGAUCGUCACCAAGUCGAGCUCCUACCCUCUACUCGUCGAUCCACAAACCCAGGGAAAGAUGUGGAUAAAAAACAAAGAGUCGUCGAAUGAAUUGCAGAUCACGUCCCUCAACCACAAGUACUUCCGGACUCACCUGGAGGACAGCUUGUCGCUCGGUCGCCCGCUGCUCAUCGAAGAUGUCGGCGAGGAGCUGGACCCUGUCAUAGACAACGUCCUGGAGAAGAACUUCAUCAAGUCUGGUUCCAUUGAGAAGGUGGUGGUGGGAGACAAGGAGUGCGAUGUGAUGCCGGGCUUCAUGUUGUACAUCACCACGAAGCUGCCGAACCCAGCCUACUCGCCGGAGAUUAGCGCCAAGACGUCGAUCAUCGACUUCACGGUGACCAUGCAAGGCCUUGAGGAUCAGCUUCUCGGGAGGGUGAUCCUGAUGGAGAAGUCAGACCUGGAGGCGGAGAGGGUGGCCUUGUUCGAGUCGGUGAUGCAGAACCAGAGGAGCAUGAAGGAGUUGGAGAGCAACCUGCUCUGUCGCCUCACCUCCUCUCAGGGCUCGCUGGUGGACGACGAGGCGCUCAUCCAGGUGCUGCAGGAGACGAAGCACACCGCCGAGGAGGUCAACCAGAAGCUGAAGGUGGCGGCGCACACGGAGCGCAAGAUCACGGUGGCACGCGAGGAGUUCCGCGCCGUGGCCGCCCGCGGCUCCAUCCUCUACUUCCUCAUCGUCGAGAUGAGCGACGUCAACGACAUGUACCAGAACUCGCUCAAGCAGUUCCUCAACAUCUUCGACAGCUCCAUCACCAAGUCAACGAAGAGUUCCAUCACAGAAGAGAGAAUAGACAUUAUUCUGCGUUAUUUGACGUACGAGGUGUGGAAAUUCACAUUGCGAAGUCUGUACGAAAGGCAUAAAGCUCUGUUCACGCUGAUGUUGGCGAUGAAGAUAGACGUGCACAAAGGCAUCAUCUCGCAUGAAGAAUUCAGUGCGUUCAUAAAAGGUGGGGCUUCCUUGGACCUGAAUGCCGUGCAGCCGAAACCAUUCCGCUGGAUUCUGGACAUCACGUGGCUCAACCUGGUGGAGAUAAACAAGCUGCCUGUUUUCUCGGACAUACUGACGAAGAUCGAGGACAAUGAGCGCGAAUGGCGCGUCUGGUACGAAAAGGAACGGCCGGAAGAGGAAGACAUCCCUUGCGGCUACCAGAAGUCUCUGGACGUGUUCCGAAAACUGCUGCUCAUCCGCUCCUGGAGUCCGGACAGAACACUGUCGCAAGCUCACAAAUACGUCAUUGAGUCCCUGGGGCCGGAGUACGGCGAGACCUGCAUCCUGGACCUGGACGCCACGUGGCAGGAGUCGGAGCCCCGCACCCCGCUCAUCUGCAUCCUGUCCAUCGGCUCCGACCCCUCGCCGCAGAUCACCUCGCUGGCCAAGCAGAAGGAGACACCACUGCGCGCCGUGUCCAUGGGCCAGGGCCAGGAGCUGCACGCGCGCCGCCUCAUCUCGGACUCGAUGGCGGCCGGCGGCUGGGUGCUGCUGCAGAACAUCCACCUGUCGCUGCCGUUCUGCAGCGAGGCCAUGGACGCGCUCGUCGAGACGGAGAACGUGCACGAGACGUUCCGGCUGUGGAUGACGACCGAGGUGCACACGCAGUUCCCCAUCGCCCUGCUUCAGAUGGCAAUCAAAUUUACUAAUGAGCCCCCACAAGGAAUACGAGCCAGUCUGAAGAGAACGUACCAAAACAUAACUCAGGACACGCUGGACUACUCCACGCAGCCGCAGUGGCCGCCGCUGCUGUACGCCGUCGCCUUCCUCCACACGGUGGUGCAGGAGCGCCGCAAGUUCGGGCCGCUCGGCUGGAACGUGCCGUACGAGUUCAACCAGGCAGACUUCGCGGCCAGCGUGCAGUUCAUCCAGAACCACCUGGACGACAUGGACCCCAAGAAGGGCAUCUCCUGGCCGACCGUGUGCUACAUGCUGGGCGAGGUUCAGUACGGCGGCCGCGUCACGGACGACUUCGACAAGCGCCUGCUGACCACCUUCACGCAGGUGUGGUUCUGCGACGUGCUGCUGCGGCCCGGCUUCGAGUUCUACCGCAGCUACCGGGUGCCGACGACGCGCAGCCUGCAGGGCUACGUCGACUACAUCGCCAGCCUGCCGGCCACGGACAGCCCCGAGGUGUUCGGCCUGCACCCCAACGCCGACAUCACGUACCAGAUCAACACCGCCAAGGGGAUACUGGACACCAUCCUCAGCGUGCAGCCCAAGGAGGGCGGAGGGGGCGGGGGAGAGACCAGGGAGAGCGUGGUCUACCAGCUGGCCGACGACAUGUUGGAGAAGCUACCGCCACGCUACAACAGCUUCGAGGUGCGGGACGCGCUGCAGCGGAUGGGGGCGCUGCUGCCCAUGAACAUCUUCCUGCGGCAGGAGAUAGACCGCAUCCAGCGCGUCAUCUGCGAGGUGCACUCGACGCUGUGCGACCUGAAGCUGGCCAUCGACGGCACCAUCGUGAUGAGCCAGGGGCUGCGGAACGCGCUCGACGCCAUGUACGACGCUCGCAUCCCUGACCGCUGGCAGAAGGUUUCCUGGGAAUCUGCUACUCUGGGAUUUUGGUACACUGAACUUCUGGAACGAGAUUCCCAAUUCAGAAAAUGGUGUAAAAAUGGUCGACCAAACGUAUUUUGGAUGACUGGUUUCUUCAACCCGCAAGGCUUCUUGACAGCAAUGAGACAGGAGGUGACGCGCGCGCACAAGGGCUGGGCCCUGGACUCGGUGGUGCUGCAGAACCUCAUCACACGCCACAACAAGGAGGACCUCACCGACUCCCCGCCGGAGGGCGUCUACGUGCACGGGCUCUUCCUGGAGGGCGCCAGCCUGGACCGCCGCAGCGGCAAGCUCAUCGAGAGCAAGCCCAAGGUGCUGUACGAGCAGAUGCCCGUCAUCUACAUCUACGCCAUCAACACGACGGCCGGCAAGGACCCGCGCCUCUACGAGUGCCCCAUCUACCGCAAGCCGCAGCGCACCGACCAGAAGUACGUGGGCUCCAUCGACUUCGAGACGGACAACAACCCCAGGCACUGGACCCUGAGGGGCGUCGCGCUGCUCUGCGACAUCAAGUAGACAGGCAGCCUCUUGUCACCUCAGGGCUUCAUAUCUUCACGAUGUUUUAUUUAGUCUGAUUGUUGCGAUUGACUACACUGUUUGAAGAUGUGAGCUUCAAUAAGUUCCCAAAGCCAUUUAUAAAUUGUCCACCCCCACAAACACCAUGAUACAAUGAUAGCAUAGCUGUAACCUACUGUAUCAAAAAUGCAGACAUAUGUUAAUAAUUAUUGAGGAUUUGUUACCAAUAUAAUGACAAUUUUGAAAUUGAUCCUCAGAACAAAUGUCAUUUAUGUUGGGAAAGAAAACACAAUGUGAUGAUAAGCGCGAUACUAGUAGUUGUGCUUUUAAAACGAAAACUUGACGAGGCCAAUGAUAGAGGAAGAAUAGCUGUACUGUUGUUUUUCAUUAGUGAACACAUGGCCACUUUUCAUAAUUUUGAGAUGUAGCUACUGAUAACAUUUUCAAACUUUGCCAUAGAAUCUGUAAAUGCUCUGGUGCUUCAAAAUAAACAAAAAUGUUUGUGGGCAACACAACCUGUGUUACCUACUCCAGAUUCUAGAUGAAUUAGCUUUUAAAAUAUCAAAAGUGAGCUACUCCUGUUCACAAUAGCUUCCUCCGGUUGCCUGAUUGAAAGCAGCCACCAUUACUUCUGUAGAAACGCCUACAUAGGAACUUAACUGGCUAAUACACUCUUCUUCACAAAGAAGCAACCUCCCCCAUCCUUCGAUACAUAAUAAUGUAUGUAGGCUAAUGCAUUGUGAAUAACAUGGGGUUUUAAUUUAGUGGAAAGAGAGGGGAAGGCAUCAUGGUUAUUACAAGCAUAUCAUUCUUCGAUGUUUAUAAUGCCAACAAGGAUUGUAAUGCAUUCCUUUCUUAAAUUACCAUUUGUAUGUUAUGUUGCUUUUUAGAGAGGUGUUAUUAAAUAAAUAUCCAUUUACUACUAAA